AUUGCCCUGCGCUUAGCCGGCAUAGGCCCGGGCGAUGAGGUAAUUACCUCCCCCCUAUCCUGGGUGGCCACCAGCAAUGUGAUUUUGGCCGUGGGGGCCACGCCGGUUUUUGCCGAUAUUGACUACACCACGCGCAACAUCGAUGUGGCGCGCAUUGCCGAGAAGAUCACCUCCCGCACCCGCGCCAUCAUGCCUGUGCACCUGGCUGGUCGCCCCUGCGAUCUGCCAGCCAUCUACGCCCUGGCGCAAAAACACCAACUGCGCGUGAUUGAAGAUGCCGCCCAGGCCAUAGGCAGCGUCUGGCCUUCGGACGACAAAAACGCCGCGCGCGCGCGUGUGGGCGCUGGGGGGGAUUUUGUCUCCUUUAGCUUUCACGCCAACAAAAACCUCACCACGGGCGAAGGCGGCUGCUUGGUACUGCCCGAUGCUGCUCUGGCCCCCGUGGCCGAACAAUACCGUCUGCAA